ACUCUAUUACCAAAGCCAACCGGUUCAGAACAGCAUCUACUAAGAAGUGAAAGUUAAAUCAGAAACGGGCGAAGCCGUGGUGUAGCAUUGAAGAAUUUAUUGUUUUGCCUGUGAUUCACAGUAGCUUGUAAGUGAACUAAAAUGGUCAAUCUAUCCGCUUUACUUAGGCUCCCUGCAGCGAUGGGGAGUCCCAAGUUGAAGACAGUCCCAAAGGCGAUCUACAACCACCUUCGAGGAUUCCCAGUCGUCAACGGCGAAAUCACACAGCUCUCGUCAAAAGUUCGAGACUUUGUAGAACAAUCGGCUGCCCUCUGCCAACCGGAAAAAAUUCACAUCGUCGACGGUAGCGAAGACGAAAGCAGAACCCUGUUGAAAAUACUUCACAACCAAGGAACGAUUCAACCCCUACCAAAGUACGACAACUGUUGGCUAGCUCGAACCAAUCCAGCGGACGUAGCUCGGGUGGAAUCCAAGACGUUCAUCUGCACCGAGAAACGGGAAGAAGCGAUUCCCACCCCGAAAGAAGGUGUCAAAGGAGCCCUUGGAAACUGGAUCUCUCCCGAAGACUACAACGCAGCAAUUCAGGCACGCUUCCCUGGAUGCAUGAAGGGUCGCACCAUGUACGUCGUUCCUUUCUCCAUGGGACCGAUCGCUUCCCCCUUGGCCAAAACUGGAAUCGAAAUCACCGAUUCGGCCUAUGUCGUGAACUCAAUGCGCAUCAUGACCCGGAUGGGAGAAGAUGUACUGGACAAACUGUCCGAUAACUCGGACUUUGUCAAAUGUUUGCACUCGGUUGGAACCCCAGCCAAUGGUAAAAUCUCUAUGCCUUCCUGGCCUUGUGACCCAGAACGGACCAUCAUUCUGCACAAGCCGGACAACAACGAAAUCGUAUCCUACGGAUCCGGCUACGGUGGCAACUCGCUGCUCGGCAAAAAGUGCCUCGCUCUUCGCAUCGGUAGCACCAUCGCACGACGUGAAGGUUGGCUCGCCGAACACAUGCUCAUCUUGGGCAUUACCAAUCCCAAUGGUGAUAAGAAAUAUAUUGCUGCCGCCUUCCCGUCCGCCUGUGGCAAAACCAAUCUAGCCAUGAUGAACCCUACGCUACCGGGAUACAAAGUCGAAUGUGUCGGUGAUGACAUCGCUUGGAUGAAAUUCGACUCCAAAGGUCAACUGCGUGCCAUCAAUCCGGAGAAUGGAUUCUUCGGUGUUGCUCCGGGAACCUCGUCCGCCACCAACCCGAACGCCAUGAACACCAUCUACAAAAACACCAUCUACACCAAUGUCGCCUCCACAUCGGACGGAGGAGUCUUCUGGGAAGGAAUGGAGGAAGAACUAGCUCCUGGAGUCGAGAUUACCGAUUGGCUCGGUCAAUCAUGGAAGAAGGGCGAAUCGAAAUCUCCAGCUGCCCAUCCAAACUCCCGGUUCUGCGCCCCGGCUAGUCAAUGUCCAAUCAUUGACCCCGCAUGGGAAGACAACGAAGGCGUACCAAUCUCAGCCAUUCUCUUCGGAGGUCGACGACCUGCAGGUGUCCCCCUGGUCUUCGAAGCCAACUCUUGGUCGCAUGGAGUCUUUAUCGGUUCGGCGAUGCGCAGUGAAUCAACCGCUGCAGCUGAACACAAGGGCAAGGUCAUCAUGAACGACCCGUUUGCGAUGCGACCAUUCUUCGGAUACAACUUUGGCGACUACCUGAAGCACUGGCUCAGCAUGGAACAACGGGCGGCCGAAGUUGGUGGCAACAUGCCCAAAAUCUUCCACGUCAACUGGUUCCGCAAGAAUGACCAGGGCAAGUUCCUGUGGCCCGGAUUUGGCGAAAACAGCCGAGUGUUGGAUUGGGUUCUGCGGCGAAUCGACGGUGAGGAAUGCUACCAACAGACACCGAUUGGUCGCCUCCCAACGCCCGGAUCAAUCAACAUGGACGGCUUGGGCCAACGAAUUGAUGAAAAGGAACUGUUUUCGAUUCCAAAGCCGUUCUGGCAGAAGGAAGUCGAAGAAAUCAAGCAAUACUACGAUAAUCAACUGCCUCACGAUCUGCCCCAGGAGAUCGGUAAGGAGUGGCAAGAACUGAAGGGCCGCGUGGAAGACAUGUAAUGACUGUGUAGAUUUAGCUCUUUAGUUUAGGAACGAUAAUUUAUAACCACAAACAGUGUAAAUUUUGUAAGUAUUAACGUGUACACGAGUAGUGUAAAUAAAAUAAGAACUUUUU